CGAAGGAAUUACAUCGGCAACUUGGCUGCUGCGGAUAUUAUGGCAAUGUAGGAAUACGAUUAGCUGAAUUAUUAUGGUAAGCUCUUGUGCAAGAUAAUUCUGGCUGACUUACUGACUGACUGAGAUAGUGGAUGUAAUCAGAUUGAUCAUUGUGAGUAGCGCAUAGGGACUGAUUCAGAAAGUUAGACAAGCUGUCUUUUCAGAUUUCGUAAAUCCGAAUAUUUUUAAGUUUCAAGAUCUAGUAAAAUCCUCCACCGGGAGAAUAUCAACAAUGCUCAGAUGCAAAUAUGAUGCUGCAAAAAGUUAUUUUUGACAUCACCCUUUGAUCAAGGAUUCAGUCUAGGAUUUUUGUGCUUCUGCCCUGUCUUCUCACAUUAUAAGCACAAGGAUUUUUAAAUCGAUGACAUUUUGUCAGUUCCUUGGUAUCGGAUAACAUCUUGUAAAAAAAUGCUGCAACAUAUAACCUCGAAUGACCUCUGACAAAAAAUCCAAGAUGGCCGACAUCCAUUCAAAAUAUGGUUGGCUUAACCCUCGAUACCUUCUUCUACUGACACUCCUGCAAUGGAUAACAACCAGCACGCCAGAAAUCACCCUCAAUAUUUGCCCAAACAAAUGCAAAUGCAUGAAGGGAUACCUCAUUGUCGACUGUCGGGGACAAGGCCUUACGAAAAUGCCGGAAAAUGUCCCAAUGAUUGUGGAACGCCUCCUAUUGGAUAACAACAGAAUCACGAACAUCCCCAAUGAUUUUUUCCGUUUGUUUACAAUUCUGAGUACAGUCAGUAUUGAAAAUAACGAGCUACAAAAUGUGAAUCAGAAUGCCUUUCGUCACAUGAAUCACCUCGAGAAAUUGACUUUAGCGGGAAAUAAGAUUCAGGCGGUGGAUCACUUAUACGUCAAGGAUUUACACCAGUUGCAAGAGUUAGACCUGAGUAGGAAUUUAUUACAAACGAUUCCAGACAAAAUCAUGUGGAAUUUGGGAAACUUGCGCAUGUUUAAUGUCAGUUAUAACCGCUUCGUGUCGCCAAAGCUUGGUGACGGAUUCGAACAAACGAGUAAUUUACAUAUGUUGGAUUUGAGUCAUAAUAAUCUGUCAUACUUUGAGCCGCAUGCAUUUGAUUCUAUCCUGUGGUGGGCGGGUCAUACGCGAUCCUUGGCGCUUAAUCUGUCCUAUUGUAAUAUCCAGCGGGUGGACGCAUACUCCUUUGGGAAGCUGUACCAACUAGAGAAACUCGUCUUGGAAGGAAAUACGCAAAUCCCGCCCAGACAACUACGCCAGCUAUUGGGCGAUUUGGAAGCAUCUAGAAUCAAGCACUUGGAUAUGCGAUGGAUGAAUCUACGGAAAGGUCACAACCUUUUCGGUGGCAUCCGAUUGGCUGAGCUUGAACAUCUUGACUUGUCACACAAUGGGAUAUACCAAGUACAACAGACGACAUUUUCAAAUCUGACAAAAUUGAAAUAUCUGAAUUUGAAUUACAACGAGAUGAAAAUACUUGCCGGAAUUAACGGAAUGCAUCACUUGGAACAAUUUCAUGCUACGCAUAACAUGAUCAAAGAUAUCCCCAACGAUGCACUACAGGAUGUCCCGAGUUUAAAAAUGAUUGACAUCACAAGUAAUUUCAUUGAACAAUUCACGCGGACGAUUGCACAAAAAUUAAUCCACCUUCAAACACUCAGCAUUGGUUAUAACAAACUCAAAGAUAUGAAACAAAUUGCCCAACUGCAAAAUCUGGAAGUUCUGACGAUUCAGAAGAAUCAGUUGACGGACAUUGAUGACAUUUACCAUCUUGUGAAAUUACAAUAUUUAGACGCGAGUCAUAAUGAAAUAACUCGGUUGUACUCGCAACAAUUUCCAUCACAUCUCUCACUACUCAACUUGAGUUCCAAUCAGAUUGGGAAAAUUGACCUUGAUACAUUUAUUUCUGCACCGUUGAAACUCCUGGAUCUUUCGUACAAUAAGAUAGAAUAUUUACGUGAUUACGGUUGGAUGUCGAUAAUGAGUCUGAACUUGUGCGGCAACAAAAUCACAACCGUUGAAUCAGAAACUUUUCACCAAUUAAAAAACACGCUAGGAUACUUAGACCUAGAUGGCAACAAGAUCUCGAAUCUCAAUUCGUCAUUAUUGGGACUGAGGCAAUUGACCCGUCUUAAGCUUGGUAAUAAUCCUCUAGGGGCAUACAUCGAGUCCCAUGGAAAAGAUGAACUUGCACCUCUGGUAAAAUUACAGGAAUUAUCAAUCCCAAGCAUCGGAGUGAAACUCCUCCACAGACAACUGCUGUUAAAAUUAACUGAGUUGAUAAACUUAGACUUAAGUAGCAACGAAAUCAUAGUUGUGCCUCAUGAUGCCUUCCACUCCCAAACAAAAGUCCAAUUUUUAAACCUUUCAAACAAUAAACUCCAGAGUGUCGGAAAAGACUUAUUUCUGAAACUAAUCCGUUUGAAAUUGUUAGACCUCUCACACAACCCUUUUCAUUGCACGUGUGAACUUUUAAAAUUCAUUCACUGGGCGCGGAAAUCGAACAUUACGAUUAUCAAUAUGUCAAAAUCGAAACUAUACAAAUGUAUGUGGCCCGAGGCAUGGACGGAUAUUCCGCUGACAGAGUUACACUUCCAUCUCGAUUCUUGUAUGGAUGAAGGAGAUAAGACAAUAAUUUACGUCGCGAUUGGUUUUCUAAUAGUAUUAGCCGUUUUAGCUUUAGUCCUCACGUGCUAUUUCAUAAAGUGCUGUUUAAAACCACGGACACGGCGAGAUAGUUAUUGCGAGUUAACGGAUGAUGGGGAGAAUGACACCUCUUGGGUUUAGACAUUGCAUUACUUGCUAUAUAUUGGUGUCUUUUCAAACUUAGGGACACAAAGGGUUAACAGGAAAACUUCACGUCGGUUUCUUGAGGGCUGAUAUAGGUCUUGAGGUCUUCCUGACCCCUGUAAACUUAGAACAUAUUGAUCAAGUGUUCAGUUCAGUUCAGUCUAUUUUCCUGUUUUGAGUCAUCAUUCAGGUGGAAGCAAUUUUCGUAAGGAAAAACCAAAGUAUAUCAUGCCCAACCUGCCACUAUAACAAAAAACAUUUUGCGACACCCUGACCUACACACAUAAAUUUGCAUCUAGGAAAAGGACUUAAGCAUUAAGUAUUGAUAUGUUAUAUUCAUGUACUCUUCUGAUGUUAUUGUGUCAUCAUGAACUACCUAUAAUGUGAUAAUAUAAUUCAUUGUAAAUACUAAAAUAUCAAAACUUCAAUUAUUUUCUAAAAUGUGAACAAGGAGAAGUGAAUGUAAAUAUGUAUAAACAGAGGUAUAAGAUAAGAAAGUGUGAUUUAAUUGAAGUUUUAACUUCUAUUAAUGUUGUAAAGCAAUGUAAAUAAAGUAACUAAAACUGUAA